AUGACCCUGAGCAUGAAUGGCGUCCUCAUGGCCGAAGAGAGCAACACCUACCAUUACAGAGCCUACCUAGAAACCCUCCUGAAUUACAGCCGAGAAGAAGGAGCGUCCAAGUUAGCCCCGCAAGGUUGGGUCAAUCAACUCAAUGUGAUUGCAGAAAUGGGAGCCACAGGGGCCAAUUCCGAUACCCACACUGCUGCGGACUGGAGUGGCAAUACAGAAUUGCGUGCCUUGACCAGCCGGUUGCUGAGCGAGAAUUGGCCCACCUUCAUCAUCCGCCCCCAUUUGCCACCCCUCAAGACGGGUAAAUGUUUGGUACCUGGUGUCCAGUUGGACUUUGAACUAUUGCUGAACCCCAACAUGGUCUAUUUGAUGGGCACCCCUAACAAAGGGACCUUGAAUGACAAGAAAUUUCCUGCCAUCCACAAUGAAGACAUCAAAGUCACCUUGCUGAUAAGAAAAAUGACCUUGAAUGCCAGUGUUUAUGUCCGACUGCAAAAAGAAAGACAAAUGGGCAAAAAGAUUGUGCGCUACCCUGUGGUUCGAAGUGAAAUCCGCACCUUUUCCCUUGAUGGUCGAACCACCCAGUGGGAACAAGACAAAGUGUUUGUGGGCCGAUUUCCCGAUCGAGCAAUUGUGGGGUUGCUGCAUUCCAAUGCCUUCAAUGGAGACCUAGAAAGAAACCCCUAUGCCUUUCAAAAGUUUCGGGUCACCCAGGUACGACAGAGUUUGAAUGGAGAAGAAUAUCCUUACAGAACCCUACAGCUGACUGGCACGGAAGCCUAUGAAGAUAUGCUGGGCUACGAUCGGCUUGUACAAGUCAUGGGUGCCUACAAUGAAAACAAGAUUCCCAUGCUGCUGCCUAGUGAUUGGGGACAGGGGAAGAACUGCACGUUGUUCCUGUUCAACAAUGUGCCCAGUGGCAAAGCCGAUGACCCUCAGUAUCGCAACCCCCGUCAAUCGGGCAAUGUGCGACUG